AAGCACUGAGAAACUAGGUACUAGGCGGAGUGACAGUCGGACAGUUCGCUCAUUUAACAUCUUCCCAUUUCGAAAUAUUUCUUCUUGACUCGGACCGCCACCCUUGCCCAUCUCGUUUUAUUUCAUCGGAAUGCGCGCAAAAUACGAAGCGAAAGAGACGCAGCUGCGACGUUCCUCUCUUACAAAGCCUGCCAUUCAGAGAGAUCUCACGUAGAUUAACGCGGAAAGAUCGCGGAAAGAUUCGAGAUAUGCAUACCGUAAAAUUACGAGCGAAAGAUAUAUUCAUCAUUGAUAUUUUAUUUUAUCUUAAAUUUCCUCUUGUUAUUUUUUCAUAAAUUCUUUUAUAUUCCAAAAAUCAUUAUAUUAGUCUAAUACGUGAGAUAUUCAUAAUGAUUUCAAUGUAUUUUAAAUGUAUUUUUUUUUAAUUUUACUUCAUGCUUUAUUUUGUUCAAUCUAUAUAGGACCUGCUAAAAGAAUCCCGAAUUCACGUGAUUGAAAAUAUAUAUAUUGUACACGCAUCAGCUAGGCCAAGCAUCCAUCUCGUUAGCAACGAGGAGGUGUCUCUAGUCAGAUGGGACGCGUAUUAAUCGAGUUUCAGAUUUUCGGAGCGUGCGACCAGGCGUGUCACUUUUACAUUACUCAUAACAAGAAGACGAAGAGAAACAUGGUGGUCCAUUGGUUCACAGCCGGCGAAAGCGGCGGGGUUUCUUGAGCUUUCGAGCCAAUGGAAACACAUCGGCCUUCUAAAAAUAUAUUUUGAAUCAGUAGGAGGAGAUGAGACAACACACCUCUUUUACGGAGAGAUACAAGAAAUAUUCUUACAAGUAUAUAUCUCUUCUAGGGUAGGACGUCGCGGUAACUCAGUCGACUCAUCCGAGAAGAGUUGAACGGAUAUAAUAAACUACAAUUAACUUGAAUCAAGAAAUCAUGUGUCUCGUUACGAUCUAAUCGGGGAUAGUUAAUGAAACAAAACUAUACAAGAGAAAGAUUCGCGCAAAACAACAAUGUGUACAAAAUUCAUUUUACUAUUUGGAAAACUGCAAACAAUCGAGCACAAAAUCUGAAUUCAAUAAUGUUCUUCGUCAAUUAGAUAAAAAAUCAGGAUGAAAACUGGCGGAGAUACUUCAAAUCAACGCUUAAAUCCGAACAUAGAGCAACGUUUAAGAAGUCCGAAGUGCGCGAGAUGUCGAAACCAUGGUGUAAUAUCCGGUUUGAAGGGUCACAAGAGAUCCUGCGCGUGGAAGGAUUGCCGAUGCCCCUGUUGUUUGUUAGUCGUCGAAAGACAGCGAGUGAUGGCAGCGCAAGUUGCUCUACGCAGACAACAACAAGCGCAAGGUGACAAUCUUCAUCUAUCUUCGGCGAAUAAAGUAUCAACAGACAUCGCAAAUCCUCCUUAUUAUAUUAAAGCGAAAUACGACGAGCCGGACGCUGCCUGCCUUGGUAGGAGAGCCAAGAAUUUUCAAAGGCAUCAUUUACAUUUCACGCAGACGAGUAUCAGCGUGACGCAGGGUUUCUACGGAUUAAAUGCCGUACAUAAUUUGCCUAACACGUUAUCAACGCAUCCGCGUUUGUUGACUUUAUCCUCUCUCGGAUGCGAUCAGAAACAAGAAGCUGAACCCACAUUGAAAGUGCAAUCUUUCCAUUCUGCGUAUCCAACAAUUCCUUGGUUCAAUGAAGUAACGCAAUCGUAUAUAGCGAAUGGGGAUUUGAAUAAUUUUAUUUCUACGAGAGAUUUGCAGGAAUGUCCUACUACAAACAAUGAACCCUGUUUAGAAAAAAAAGCACCAAUUUCUUUUAGUGUGGAAUCUAUUAUCGGUACAAAAUGAUAUCUCGAUAUGCGUAUUUUAAUCGUUUGAGUAACGGAAAAGCUAAUAGAUUUUCCGAUUCGAUGUUAAUAAGAUGCAUUUAUAAUAAUACUGUAUAAUAUUGAAUAUGUUAGAUUUUGCACAAAAUUGAAGAAGCAAUCUUGUUAUUUGUUACUCAAACGGUUAAUCGCGAUGAUAAAAAUACAUACAUACAAAUCAAAUAAUUGUGGAAAUUAUUUAAGCAAUCGGUCGUGUUUGAUUCGGUUCUCUAACAUAUUAUAAUGUAUAUUAUAAUGUGUAUCUCUUUUUUUACCAUAUAUAUAUA